GAUAAAUUUACCCGAUUAGAGUUUCGUAAUUUGAUUACUUCGAUUUAUUUUGUCGCUGGACUUGAUUAGAUACGAAAAACGGCUGAUCUUUCAGAGUUUGUGAUUGAGAACAGGUCUGUGGAGUAUUUAAAAGCAUGGCAGGAUCAACCGCGACCUAUAGUGAGACGGAUAGAAUAUGGAGUGGGGCCAAAAGGACAUCAACCUACAACCAAGACACUUCUGUGGGUAAAAUCAUAUUCAAUACCAUGAAAACUUGGCCGAAGAAUGUGUGUCAGAUAAACGAUGUUGAUGGGUUGGAGGUGACCUAUGAGCAAGCACUUUCAUGGGCCAUACGGAUUGCUCAGUUCUUCAAAAAACGUGAACUGGGUCACAAGGAUGUCAUUGGCAUUGCUAUGCAAAGCUCUACAUAUUCCAUGCCAUUGGGAGUGGCAUGUCUUCUAAAUGGAACACCCUUCCAUUCUAUUAGUACCUUGCUAGACGAGGCUACCACUGCCCAUGUGUUCUCCAUAACGAAGCCAAAACUGAUAUUCUGCGAUGGAACCGAUGUUAGAAAGAUCCAAGCUGCCACUAUUGGUUGGUCUCCAGAUAUCUAUACCCUCACUGAUCACGUUGAAGGAGUACUGAGUAUUGAAACCCUACUGGAUCCCACAGCCACUGAAAGAAUGUACCAGCCAGAGCCUCUUAAGGAGGGAGCCGGUCAAACUGUGGUGAUCCUGUGCUCAUCGGGAACCACUGGCCUGCCCAAGGCUGUCUGCAUAUCUAAUGGCAGCCUGAUAAAUGACACCAUGGUGGGCUGCAAUGAAGUGGUUAUCUAUACACCCAGUUGCCUGGACUGGUUGACCGGACUCGUAACGUUUAUCUUCAAUACAGUUUUGGGUGUCACCCGAGUCAUAACAAACAAACCCUUUACCCCCGAGUAUUUUGUGGAAAUAGUUAAGAAGUACAAGAUCCAUGUGGCAGUACUGCCCCCCAGAUAUCUCUCCGCCCUUACAAGUAGCCCCCAUGCCACGCCAGAGGCCCUGGCCUCCAUCAAGAACAUCCACUAUACCGGUGGUUGGGUUUCGUCUGCCACAUUGAAGAAGGCCCAGGAGCUUUGCAAUUGUGCAAUACUAAGCUGCGGUUACGGAAUGACCGAGAUGGGGAUCGUAACAUCGAAUGCUGGAAUCCAUAAUCUGUCUUCGGUGGGAAGGCCGGUGCCGGGAGUUCGAAUGCGUAUUGUGGAUGAGGAAGGGAAGAACCUGACUUACAACCAGGUUGGUGAACUGUAUGUCCACACGGACCUCCACUGGAAUGGCUACUACGGAAAUCCUGAGGAGACCCACAAGCUGCGGGACUCCGAGGGCUGGUACCACACCGGAGAUCUUGGCUACUUUGAUGAGCACAACUUCCUCUACAUAGUGGAUCGGAAGAAGGAGAUGCUCCGGUAUGAAUACCUCAGCUAUUGGCCCACCGAGAUCGAGAGUGUUAUCUCGAAGCUUCCGCAAGUGCAGGAAGUUUGCGUUGUUGGCAUCUACGAUGAGCGGGUGGGCGAUGAGGCCGGUGCUCUGGUGGUCAAGGUUCCAGGUUCUGAAAUAAGUGCCCAGGAUAUUGUAGACCAUGUGGCCAAGCACCUGCCCGCAAAGGAAAAACAGCUAUACUCCGGAGUUCAGUUCACAGAAAAGCUACCGAGUAGUGCCAAUGGAAAAACCCUACGCAAGGCAUCACGCGAAGAGUUUCUUGCCAAAAGAGGGGCUAACACCUAAGUAAUUGAUACUGUUGAACUGUUAUCAAGAAGCUGUACGCCUUUUAAACUGUCAUCAAUAAGCUUUACGCAUUUUAAAGCUUGUAGUAAUUUUUAUGAAUGAAAAAUAUGAAUCACAAUAGGUAUUGAUAAGAAAAGUGAGAAAGAGAGUGUUUGGAAAUCAAUGAAAAUUUAUAAACUGAU